CUCUCUCCAUUACUUCCUGUAUGUGCCGACAACAUGGCAGCGCCCACAGCGAUACACCUGGAGUUCGGUGGUGGAGCAGAGCUGCUUUUUAAUGGUGUGAAGGAACAUCAUGUGAGUCUUCCAAGCCAGUCUGUGCCUUGGGACAUGAAGCAGCUGCUGGUCUGGAUCCAACGGAACCUGCUGAAGGAACGGCCCGAGCUCUUUGUCCAGGGAGAGUCUGUGAGACCUGGGAUUCUGGUGCUUAUCAAUGAUGCAGACUGGGAGCUAAUGGGGGAGCUGGACUACCAACUACAAGACCAAGACAACGUCGUGUUUAUUUCUACUCUUCAUGGUGGAUAAAAAAUGAAUUGAGGAAUACAAACAUCUUCUGUAACGGCCGUUUCUCCACAUCCUCUUCACUGUUUCACCCCCCUCCCCCCCCCAUCUCAACAACACGCCACCCCGUUUGAUGCUGCUAUUGCCCCGUGACAUCUGAGGUGAUUGAUGUCGGCCCGCAGGAAUGAGUGAAAAUUCAGAGAUGGUUACCAGGAAAAAUGUGGAAACUGUGAGACAGGAAUUCUGUGGACACAUGCGUACAUUUUUUCAAAUCAAACUGGACAGGUUUAAAGGGCAGUCGCAGGGAGCUGCAGUUGAACUGGUCAACUAACAGUUGUGUAAAUACCUACAGUUGGCGUGUAAACCUUCAUCUCCCUACAUCCUCUCCUCUAGCAUGACUGAAAGAUCAAAUGACCUCAUCUUGAGGUCUAAUGACCUUCAGUUCACACAAAUAUAAAAGAAAAGGUAACACUUUACUUCAACCCGCCCUAAUUAGCAUUUCUAAGCUGUAACAUUUAAUAAAUUGUUCAUAACGCAUGUGUGAUGUGAUGUAGUUAUAAGCAGAUAUGAGGACAUUUUAUUAAUGUUUUAUGAAUGUCAACAAUUCUAACUUUUCCUAUGAAGAUACAUUUUAUAUGAUAACUAUUAUACUAUUGUCAUGAAUCAUCUUAUACACUAGCAACCAGUUAUGGAUGUUUCCUUAAUAAACAAAACUUACAACUACAUUAUAGAGUGAUAAAUGUUAAUUUAGUGUUAAGGAAUGCUAAUUAGGGUGCAAUAAAGUGUUACACAUAGAAGAAAGUAGAAGAGAGUUUUUUUUGCCUCUUUUUUUGGACCCAUGUGAUGGGGAUAAAAAGUUGUUUUCUUAAAAUAUAUUUUAUUGUAAUUGCUUGUGAUAUUUUUCCUCAAAAAAUGAUAAAAGAUUAAAAGUUUUUUUUAAUCAUA